AUGGCAGAGCGGGACGCGAACGGGCGGCCGGAGCCGCUGUCUCCUCCGCGACCCUUCGGCAAGGUCGUCUUCAACAAGAGGUUCGCGGACGUGGAUCACGGCAGCUUCCGGCAUUUCGGGUCUGCUUCCAACGAUCCUUCGAGGCAUCACAUUUCCGAACUGGAAACGGCAGUCGCCCGAGUGGACGCCCACUUCGCCUCCGAGCCUCCCCGGUGCCGCCCCGAGCCUCCUCAGUGCCGCCCCGAGCCUCUGAGCCUCUCCCCACGCUUCGAGUCGGUUCGGGUAUCGACGUUCUGCCCGAUCGGCGGGAUUCCUCGAGACCCCGAUUCCCGUUCCGAACAGUUUCAGAGAAGCAUGAAGCUGUUCGCCGAAGUGACCGAGGCGGAUUACCGCCGAUGGAUGCUGAUGCUGCUCGGGACCUUGGUGACCGUCAUGGGCCUCAUCUUCCUCGUGCUCCUCGUCUCCCUCCUGACCCGGCACGGAUCGGCGUUCCAGCCGGUGCCGGCCUCGGCCCCGGCUGCCGCGCCGCCGGCGGUCGAGGAGCCGCCUCGUCCGUACAGCAUCAUUCCCAUCUCGACCAACGAGUGCCCUCCCGGGCAGAUGCCGGAUUUCAAUGGGAAAUGCAAACCCAUGAUCGGAUAG